AGCGUCAGCAAUAUCAAAAGGAUUUGUUGUGAAUUAAGUAAGUUUUACAGUCCAUAUAUAUAUAUAGAUAGUAUAUCAAAAGUAUAGAGGACGUAAUCAAAUACAGAGAUUGAUUGUAAUAAUAACGCAAUACAAGUAACGAUAUAGCGACUAAAUCAAGGGGGUUGUAUAGAAAAUUUUUAACGUAGUAAAUUUAUUGAAUUCAUCCAUAAAAAACCAAUUUAUUAAAUCCUAAUAGACCGUAUAAGUCUUUGUAUCGUAAUUUCAAACUAAUCAAACAAAAUAAAAUAAUAUUGUAUUUAUUAGUAAUUUUAAAAUAAUGUCGGUAGAAGAAUUUGAAUCCAUAUUAAAAGAAUUAAGAUUGAAAACAUCUUCUAGUAUUUCUGGAAGUCGUAUUAGUAAAUUAGUUGCAUUGGCCGUACAAAAUGUUGCAUCUGAAUCCAAAUUAAUUAGUAUUCUUUAUUCUAAUUGUAAAGCAGCACCAUCCCAAAAUAAAAUUGCUACAAUGUAUGUUGUUGAUGCAAUAAUGAGAGCAUAUAGCGAUGAAGCUAAAAAAGCAGGAGAAACUAUUGAUUCUCUGGCUCCAGAAGGUACUUUUGCUUCAGGUGUAGUUAAAAUAACUGAAUUAAUUGAAUCAUUAUUUGAUGAUGCAAUGGAAUUACAAUUUGAACCUUCUAUGAAGAGUAAGUUUUCUAAAUUAGUGGAUUUAUGGAAAAAGACUCAAACUUUUAGUCCUGAACUUAUCGAAAAAUUAAAUAAGAAGUAUUUUGCUUCAACGACUCCUCCUGGUUCACCUCCAAAGGCUAAUAUUGAACCUGUCAAACCUAAAGCAGAAAAUUCAUCUGAACCUAGUAGUAUUUUACUGUCUUUAGCUUCUAUUGCUAAAUCUUCAACUCCAACAUCUGAAGUUGAGCCUCCAAAGAAAGAUACCACUAGUAUAUUGUCUCAACUUUCUGCCCUCUCAAAUGUUACUAAUGGAGCUCCAACUAAUCAAGCUGCCCCAGUAGGUGGCCAAGGUCCUGAUAUAUUAAAUGUACUUCAACAAAUGCAACAAAAUGUUUCUUAUCAACAACAACAACAAGCACCUCAACAGCCACAAUAUCAACAACCACCACAACAUCAAGAUCAUCAUAAUUAUCAAAGAGAAUCUCGUCAAGAUUCUGGUUAUACUAGAAGAAAUAGAUCGAGAUCUCCAAAUAGAGGAGGAUUUAUUAGAUCACCUCCACAACAUCAAGCUGCUGUAAAUGAAAAUAAUCAAUUCGCUCCUGGUAAUUUAGGAGGUGAAAUGAAUGUCCCAGGAUCUGAACAUUAUCGUCCUCGUAAUGUAGGUUUUGAUAGUAAUGUUCCUCAAAAUACUUUUAAAGUAUUAUCAAGAACUUUAUUUAUUGGAGGUGUUCCAAGAAAUAUGGAUGAAACUAGUUUAGCAGCAGUUUUAAGACCAUUUGCCGAAGUUCAAUCCAUUAUUUUAAAUAGCGAAAGAAAACAUGCAUUUGUAAAAGUUUAUUCCAGACAUGAAGCAGAACAAGUUAUUACUCUGUUUAAUAAAGAUGGGAAAUUACCAUUAAGAACAAGAUGGGGAGUAGGAUUUGGACCAAGAGACUGUUGUAAUUAUCAACAUGGGAUUUCAAUGAUUCCAAUGACAAGAUUAACCGAUGCUGAUAAAUCAUGGGUAGUUAAUGCUCAAUGGGGUGGUACUGGAGGUCAACCAUUACAAGCAGGUAUGGUAAUUGAUGAACCAGAUAUUGAAAUUGGUACUGGUAUUUCAUCUAAAGCUAUGUCUAAGAAAAUGCCAACCAAUUCUGCUAGAAAUGGUCCAAAAUCAAAUAGACCUGGUGAACCUGAUGAAGAUUAUGUCAAGACAACUUUAAUUGGACCUCCAGGUGGUCAAGCUAAUCAACCACCAUCACAAUUUGCCCAAGGAUCUAAUCCAUUAGCUGGAUUAUUUGCUAAUUCAAAUACUCAACCACCAGUUGUAGCAGGAGGAUAUCAAGGAUCACCUCAAGGUGGUUAUCAAGCACCAGUACCUGCUCAAGGUGGAUAUCAAAAUUAUCAAAGUCCACCUCAAAAUUAUCAACAACCACAAUAUCAAAAUUUCAAUAGUUUCCCACCUCAACAACAACCACCUCAAGGUCAAGGAUAUAACCAAGGUUAUUCGAACUAUUAUCAAGGACAGUAAAUACCUAUAUAUAAAACUAUAAUAAAACUAUAAAUCUAUAUAAUGAAGUUUAAGUAAUUAAUUCUAUACAAACUUUUUGUAA